GAUUUCAUAAAGACGUACCAUAUAUAACGACAAAAAAGUUUAGUCGUCCGCCCUCUGGCAUGUGUAACUAGUCUUGAAAUUUAAGUUCUUAAAUAGAAGCCAACUGUUCAGCGUAAAGUUAGCGUAGAGGAAAAUGAGCAAUUGUCUUUUAUCUUAUCUCGCAUAGUAUUGGCUGGAAGAUAUAGUUUUUAGUAUUUCUAGUGCUAGUAAUUUUAACAUAUUCUGUAACAACGAAUGUAAACCAAAAGUUUUAAAGACGUUUUUCGUUUCGAAUGGUUUUAAAAUUUAUGAAUUUUGAUGUGGCCUUACAGAUGUGACAAGAGAUUCAUACCGUGAUGUUAUUUAAACUAGAACGUCAGGUCCUGAGACCCCGUCUUCCACGCUGCCAAAAAGUCUGCUUUGAAAUUCUGUGGGGUCGGCAAUGACGUCCAAUUCUAUGAGAAAAUCGUCCGAAAGUUGACUAAGAACGCUUUUGAUCGCCUUCGAUUUAGGUGAUUUGAGACAAGAUCUGUGUAUAUCUAGUCCGAUGUUGGAUUAAAUACACAAUUUUUUUGCAUUCACCGUGCAUUAUAAACCGUAAACCCAUCGUAGAUGUCAUAGCAACGUGGAUUUCAGAUUCCAGCUCGCUUGAAGUCGUCGUGCUGUCAAGUAUAAAAAUUCAUCAACGAGACUGAAGAAAGAAAAAGAGGAACUCUUACGACCUCCAUCGUGAUUAGGGGAGAAAAAAAAAGGGAAAAUUAAAAGAAAGAGUCCCUCUUCCUUUUCAAAGCAUUCUGGCUUUUUUGCUUACCUCUAAUUUUAUGAGCAAUUGGCAAGUGACUCAUUGCUAAUAAAGUACUAGUCAAUGCUUGCUCGUCUUCCCUUUUCAGGUUGGUCACAAGAGUUUCAGACGUAAGAGCGGAAGGUGUUAAGUCGUCUCCUUUUUUGGUUUCAGAAAAGAAAAGUUGUUCCUCUUGGCGUGCGAUGGUUCAUCCUGGGGAUCAUAAAACGUGAAACAGCUGGCGAGGUGCAUGGCGAGCAAGGUAAAGCCGAUGCCUUGCCCUUCUCUACCUCACGGGCAUAUCAUGUUCUCUUCCGGGUAUGUCGUUCUGAGAUCCUUGCAACGCAAAAAGGCAAAACCAAGAUCGGUAGGGGAAGAGUUCUAGAGAAAUGAUCAUUCACGGGGAUCUCCCUCUGAUACGUGCAUCUUGCGUGGUGUUGUGCCCGCGGAAGUGCAAAGCGAAGAGAAUGAAGAAAAUCCUCCCGACGGACUGAAUCGCGAGGCGGCACUGGUGAGGGAGGAGGAAGGACGAAGGGAUUCCCGGGAGCAACGGAAGCGAGAUGGCGAGACGACUGAAGGGUUUUAAGGGCAUCUUGAAGAUGAAAUCAUUGUUGUCGUCGUCGUCUUCGUCGACCAGAUGCUGUAGCAUUAACACCGCUCUCCUUUCGUUGUUCCUCAUUUUUCCAACCACCGCUCUCCUCUUCUUGCUUGAUAACAAGGUGGAAUCGGUUUCUAGGACGGCAACAGUCGCAGGGCAUAACUUGGACCCGACACCGUGGCAUCCUUUCACCCCGCUGACUCAUUCGGGCAACAAAUAUUCUGUGGCUUCAACAAUCCUCAAGUGUUCCUACCUCACAACUUGUCCCCCUUCGCCCAAUCUAUCUUCUGUUCAACGCUCGGGAAACCACUCUUCAUCUUCAUCUUAUUGCCCUUCAUUCUUCCAGUGGAUACACGAAGAUCUAGCUCCAUGGAGGCGUUCACGGAUAAGCCUACAUAAGCUGUUGGAAGCCCAAAGAUUUGCAGCCUUUCGCGUCGUCAUAGUCGGUGGGCGAUUGUACGUGGAUUUCUACUAUGCAUGCGUGCAGAGCAGGGCCAUGUUCACGGUUUGGAGCUUUCUGCAGCUGAUCAAGAGGUACCCUGGCCGUGUCCCUGACGUGGAUCUCAUGUUCGAUUGCAUGGACAGGCCCACCGUCCGAAGAUCCGAGUACAAGUCCCCACGAUGGCCUCCCCCUCCUCUCUUUCGAUACUGUAGCACCAAGGAUCAUUUUGAUAUCCCUUUCCCGGACUGGUCCUUCUGGGGUUGGCCAGAGGUAAACCUAGAAUCUUGGGACAAGGAAUUUAGCAGCAUCAAGAAAGUAUCCCAGACUCUAAACUGGGAAAGCAAGCAAGCUCUUGCCUAUUGGAAAGGAAAUCCAGAUGUUCAAUCUCCUGUUCGUACUGAGUUAAUGAAAUGUAAUGACUCUACAAUUUGGAGCACAAAAAUUUUGCGUCAGGAUUGGGCGAAGGAGGCAAGUGCUGGUUAUGAGCAAUCCAAGUUAGCCAAUCAGUGCAAUCACAAAUAUAAGAUCUAUGCUGAAGGUUACGCGUGGUCUGUGAGUUUGAAAUAUAUCCUAUCUUGUGGUUCACUUCCAUUGAUAAUAACCCCACGGUACUAUGAUUUCUUCAGUCGUGGUCUUAUGCCAAGAGAAAAUUAUUUCCCUGUUAGAGCCACAAAGCUUUGUCGAUCUAUAAAGCAUGCUGUUGACUGGAGCAACAAGCAUCCAUUUGAGGCUGAAGCAAUAGGAAGAGGCGCUCAAGGUUUUAUGCAAGAGCUGGAUAUGGAGACGGUGUACAGUUACAUGUUCCAUUUGCUGGUAGAGUACUCGAAGCUGCAGGAUUUCAAGCCAUCCGCCCUUCCAUCUACCAAACUCUUGUGUGAGGAGUCAGUGUUAUGCUUUGCAGAUCCAGUUCAACGGCGUUCUCUGGAGAGAUCGUCAGUGCCGGUGCCUACCUCUAACUUUUCUGGGCCGUGCAUGCGACCUCUUCCUGACCAUGACCUCGUGAAAAGAUGGAUGCAGCAAAAGACAGACAUCACAAACGAUAUAAAAAGGAUGGAGGACGCAUUCGAAAAAAGGAGAGAACCUCUCUGGCCCGUUGAUUCUGGUCUAGUCGCUGAAAAGGCUAACUAGUCUUUUUAUUAA